UGACAAGUAUAGAUCAAUUGAAUAAAAACAGAUAUAUAUUUUGAAUUUUAUAAUUAUAUUUGAUGAUUAAUUUAAAAUGAGUGAUAGUGAUUCAUCUGAAGAUAAAUUUUCCAAAAAAGCAAUUCAAGAAUCUAUGGGUUCUCUUUUUUUACAGUGUGAUAAAAAUAAUGAAUCAACAACUUCAUCAUCUUCUGAUAAAAAUGGAGUAAAAGCCUCAUUGAGAAUAAAUCAAUCAGAAAAUGAUUUUGUUAAUUUUGGAGUAACAAAAAAUUAUCAAGAAAAUGUUGCUAAAAAAUUAUCUGAAAUUCUUGAAAGAGAUAUUGAAGUUGAAGAAAAUAAUGUAGAAAAUAAAAAAAAAUCAAAAAAGAAAAAAACUAAAAAGCACAAUGAUUCAGUUGGUGUUAAAUUAUUCAAUGAAUCAAAAACAAUAUUAACAAAUAAUAAUGACGAUUUAUUAAUUGAUAAUCCAAAUAUUAAUAACAAAAGAAAAUUAAUUUGUAAAAAAAAUAAUGUUAACUUGGCAAGUAGAUGCAAAGAAGCAGCAGUUGAUCCAGAUUGGAUAUUAAAUAAAUGUGAAAUUAAAUAUUGGAAUGAAAGACCAAAAGGUCUUGUUUAUAAAUAUAAAAAAAUGCCAAAUGGAUUGUUAAUUGAGCAACAAUAA